GGUCGCUGUGCGUAUGCAAGCGUGAAAAAAAACAGCCGGCAGCGGGCAACAGCAGCGGCAGAAAAGAAACAGUUUUCGCAAUAAAAAUAAACGCGCGGCUAUAGCUUAAAAUCGUGCCCAGCAUUUUCGCUUUGUGUUCGGCCAACCUUCUGUCAUAACAUCAUGUUUUGACCAAUUCAGUUAAUUAACGUCUAAAGCGUUCAGACGCUUUAUCAAAGAACCCCCGCCUCCGCCGCUCUCCUUUCAAAUCCGUCGCGUGUUUUUCCGUUUAGAUUAAAAUACUUGAAACCCGAUUUCGACUCGUAGCGCUAAAACCUCUAUUAGAAAUGGAGAAGCUAAUCAGACGACUGAUGGACCAUCAAUAUCUGACGCGAGCCCAAAUCAAUGGGUUCGACAACUACAAGUACAGCGCCAUCGAUACUUCCCCUCUGAGUCAAUAUGUGAUGCAUCCCUUUUGGAAUUGGCUAGUCAAGUUCUUCCCGCGCUGGUUUGCGCCCAACCUGAUGACCUUUCUGGGCUUCCUGUUUAGCGCCAUGAACCUGGUGCUGCUCUCCUACUAUGACUGGAAUUUCGAGGCGAGUUCCGGCGAGGAGGGCACCACACCCAUUCCCUCGUGGGUCUGGCUCUGCACGGGCAUCAACAUCUUUCUGGCCUACACGCUGGACGGUAUUGAUGGCAAGCAGGCCCGUCGUAUUGGAUUGUCCGGCCCGUUGGGGGAGCUCUUUGAUCAUGGAUUGGACUCUUACACCGCCAUGUUGAUCCCGACGUGCCUGUACAGCAUUUUCGGUCGGAGCCGGGUUUAUUCGGUGCGACCCAUGAGGAUGUACUACGUCUGCCUUACAGUCUACUUCAACUUCUUCGUUUCGCACUGGGAGAAGUACAAUACGGGCAUCCUUUAUCUACCAUGGGGCUACGAUCUCAGCAUGUGGGGCAGCACGGCCAUGUACAUGGUCACCUGGUAUUUGGGCUUCGAGCGCUGGAAGUUCGAACUGCCCCUGGGAUCCUACGGAACCCUGCCUAUGGGCAAUGUCAUGGAGGCGGUCCUGCAUGUCAGUGCCAUGGCAAAUCUUCCACUAGUCAUCAUUAAUGUGUACAACUCCUAUGCGAAUCGCACCGGACGCAUGCUACCCUUUUGGGAAGCCAUUAGGCCCAUGUGGCCCUUCCUCACCUACUUCGUCAUCCUGCUGACCUGGCCAUAUGUCUCGCCGAACGACAUCAUGGAAAAGGAUCCACGCGCCAUAUUCAUGCUCAGCGGCACCAUCUUUUCCAACGUCAGCUGUCGUUUGAUUGUAUCCCAAAUGUCAGUGACGAGAUGUGAGGCGUGGCACUGGCAGACGCCCAUGUUCGUGCUAUCCUUCCUAGUCAGUCUGUGGCUGCCCCUGUUGGAGAGGCCUUUGCUGUACAUGCUUUUGAUUGUAACCACCCUAAGUCACUGGCAGUAUGGAGCCAGCGUGGUAAACCAGAUGUGCGAGCACUUUAACAGGAUCUGCUUUACUGUCCACAAGCGAGUGCCGCAGGAGGACCUUUCCAAAGAGAAGAUUCUGCUGGCUGACAAAAUCGCCCAGCCAGAAAAGCAUCACGAAGAGCCGGCAAAGAAAGAAGAUUAGGUCAUCGUAUUGCGCGAUUUUGAUUUAGCUGCGAGUUAUUUUGCAAGUUUUUUGUAUAUCAUGGAGGCUGUUUAGUUAAACAAUUCUUGUGAGAUUAUGUAUAAUUUGUCUUAGUUAGAAUAUACUUAAAAAUUGACUUUAUCCUAGUGCUACAAAAAUAUUGGAACUUGUUUCGGCAUUUUCCCAAUGAAUAUUUACGUAAUGCUCUCUUCCAAUGAUAAUUUUUAAACUCUUUACGGUUUAAUUGCAACUUGACGUUAUCUGUAUUGAAUCCAAACAUUUAUGAACCAUUUUAGAUCAAUUAUAUGAACAAGUAAGCAUGACAAAUGAUCUGAUCUGCUGCUAGGAUAUCAAAUAAGUAUUAGUUGAUAGGUUAUAAUAUCGGCCAGACAAGUUCCAGUCCAUAAACUCAAUUAUGCAAGAAUACUACCUAUUCUAGCCUUUGGCUUUCAAAUUUUAUUGCAAUGGUUACCCAUUAUCCUUAAACAAAAAACACAGCUCGCUUCCGCUGACCUUAAAUUAGCAAUGUUUUAUAUUCGUCUAGACAUAAUCGAAUAAUUUCCAUGCGCUAUGCUUAAUUUAUUUCCAUUGUAUUACUUUUGACUGCUCCACAAAUUCAAAUACACAAACUACAUCAACGUUUCUAACUAAAAUAA